GGCAGGCAGUAGGGUUGCCCAGCAAGGCACACCGCUAAUAAAGCCCUGAGUGGUGCUUGCGUCCCUCGUGGUCCCGCCCUUUCGGAGUAGAUCUUGCCGCUCUUCCACCGCCAAAGGUCCCAGGCGCUCCCCACAUCUUUCGCCUGACAGCAGGCGCUAGGAGUCACCUGAAGCGGGAUAGCCCCUUUGGGAGCCAACCUGAGGUGAAGCGAUCAAUGCCUCAGACAGACAAGCAAGUAUGCAUCCCACCGGAGCUUCCGGAACUGCUGAAGCAGUUUACCAAAGCUGCCAUUCGAACCCAGCCUCCGGAUCUCAUCCAGUGGGCGGCCGAGUAUUUUGGGGCCAUGUCCCGUGGAGAGAUGCCUCCAGUGAGAGAGAGGUCUGAGCAAGUCACUUUGUCCAACUGGGCUGAGCUGACACCCGAGCUGUUGAAGGUCCUGCAUUCUCGGGUUGCUGGCCGACUGAUCAUCCACGCAGAUGAGCUGGCCCAGAUGUGGAAGGUGCUGAAUCUCCCAACAGAUCUGUUUAACAGUGUGAUGAACGUGGGUCGCUUCACAGAGGAGAUCGAGUGGCUCAAGUUUUUAGCCCUUGCGUGUAGCUCUCUCGGAGUUACCAUUGCCAAAACCCUCAAGAUAGUGUGUGAAGUGCUGUCCUGCGACCAUGAUGGAGGACCACCCCGGAUCCCCUUCAGCACCUUCCAGUUUCUCUACACGUAUAUUGCUGAAGUGGAUGGGGAGAUCUCUUCAUCCCACGUCAGCAGGAUGCUCAACUACAUUGAACAGGAAGUAAUUGGUCCUGAUGGCUUAAUCAAGGUGAAUGACUUUACUCAAAACCCUAGGGUUCGGCUGGAAUAAAAGCACAAUUCUGACAGUUUUAAAGGAAGAUACAGAGGUGUACUUCAGAAUAAGUGAGCUCCAGACACCACUGAAAGUCAAUUUUCUUUUACAACUGGCACAACUAAUAAACAAUUAGCCAGGAA